AUGAUAAUGAAGGAAGUUGAUGUAAAGAUAUUAGUUGAACAUGCAAGAAAGACUUUAGUGGAAGCUCAAAUAUUAUGUCAAGAAACAAACUUACAAAUAUUUGAAUAUGAGAAUGAAUUAGAUCGAUGGCAACAAAGUUGUGGGAAAUUGAAAUUUAUUAUUGAUUGUUUGAAACAACAGGUUGGAUUCCUUUAUCAUUGUAUAUUAGAAAAAUCUAUUGAAAAGAAUUUGAUUCAUAAUGAAUGGGAAAAGUUUAUACUGGUAGAUUUAGUGGAAGAGAUGACUUUAUGGCAAAAUCGAAUAUCUAAACAGAUAGAAAAGCUGGAUGAUUUAGACAAUGUUUUGUUAUUUAAAGGCAAUGAAAAAAAUCAAGAAGAAGAAGAAGAAGAAGAAGAACCUGGAAGUGAAUCUGUUCAAAAAUUAGGUGAUUAUGUCUCGAGGGAGAAUAUUUUCAUUUUGAAAGAGAGGUUACAAGAAAUACCAACAAUUCAAAGGCAAAUUGAGAAUAUUCGAUCACAAUAUACCAAGAUGUAUGUGAAAGUGAAAGAUAAUCUUAUAGAUUCUAAACUAAAAGAUUUAGAAAAAGAAUACCAAAACAAAUUAAAUAUACAAGAUAAGCAAGUCUUUGAAUUGACAAAUAUAAGUCCACAAGUGCUAAAGUCAUUUGAAAUAGAAUUAGUAGAUUUUUUAAGUUCAUUAACUGAUCAUUUUGAUAAAUGUCAAUUAUUAGAAUCAUAUGUGACAGGACAAAAUAAGCUUGAUACAAAUCCUGACGGUAAACCAGAUGAGACUCGUGAUCGUGUUGGCGAUGACUUGACGGUUGACGAGCUAGAAGAGAAAAAGAAGGAUAUUUCUGCUCCUAAUGACCUAUCAAAGUCAGAAACAGAUGCCGAUUACGAAAUGCUAUUGGAAAUUGUUACUAAGGAUAACAAUGAUCUAGAAUUUGUGUUAAAGACGUUGAAUGAAACUAUUGAACUUGGAACUAGUAGAUUAUCUUCUUAUAAAGAAUUAUUAUCUGAGAAGAUUGGAAUGAAAGAUGAGCUGCAUAAUCAAGUUAAAAAGUUAAUUGAAGAAGUUCUUAAGUAUCAAGAAUAUUUAAUGAUUUUCAAAGAUAUUUCAGAUCUCUUGACAACAUUUAAGGAAGGUUGUAUGGAUGAUAUUCGAGUAGUUGAAGACUUAUGUGAAUUUUAUACCAAUUUUGAGAAAAGUUAUCAAAAUCUUCUAAAAGAAGUGGAACGACGUAAACAAGUUCGUAAUAAAAUGGAAAUUAUCUUAAAUGAAUGUGAUAAUAAAUUACAAAAAUUAAACUCCCGAGAUCAAAAAAUGAGAGAAAUCUUUUUGAAUGAAAAUGGGAAUUUCCUUCCUGAAAACAUUUGGCCUAAUAAGAUUGAUGAUUUUAAACCUUUAUAUCAUUUAGAUUACUCAUUGGAAGAUGUGUAA